GCAGGUCUGCGUCGAGCUUGUUUUCGUCGUUUAAAUUCGUUCACGCGUGUUCCGCGCCGAGAAAGUAAAUUUUCUUCGUUUCAGCAUGUGACAUAUAUACGUAUGAUCUUCUCGUAAAGCAGAAUCACGAUCCUUAUACACAUAUACUGACAGAACAGCGCUCGAUCGAUAGGAGUCUUAUUCGUAGAGGAGAAGAAGAAGAAGGAUCGAUUCUUCUGCGUAUCCGGAAACAUAUUGGGAAUCGUUGGAUCGCCGGCGAACGGAUUUAAUCGUCUCAAAAAUCCUGCGAUAUACUUGACGUCGAGAUUGCUGCCUUAUCUAACAGUCGAGUGUAAAUUCUCGAGUGGCAGGACAAUUAACCAACGAUUAUUAGGCUUGACUCAAGAGGGCCCUCGUGAAGAUAAGCUACUUCAACGAUGACAAUCGUGUAACAAGCUUUGUGAAAUCGUUUACGAUUCCAAUUAUCUUGCUUGAUAUUGCGAGCACGAUUUUUCGAGAUCGACACUUUGACAGUUUCCCGUCCAUCGUCGAGUGAUCCGGCCAAGUGUCCCAUUAGUUUCAGUAAUCGCUCGAAAAAAAAAAGCGAGUUAAUGCAGGGCACAGAGGAAGAUGGACUCGAGCAACGUGAAAUCGAAUCCGAACCCGCGAGAAAAAGCGAAUUUACUGUCGGUCCUAUUUUGGUGGUGGACAAUAGGAUUGUUCAAGGCAGGCUACAAGAAGGUAUUGCAAACGGACGACUUGUACGAUCCGUUGAAGACCGAUAGAUCGCACGUGCUGGGAGACAGAUUAGAAAAACGAUGGACAAUCGAGCUCGAGAACUCGAAGAAAUCCAAGCGACGACCAAGCUUCCUGAGGGCCAUUUUUCGUACCUUUCUAUGGGAGUACAGUUGGCUCGCGCUGAUGCAGAUACUGAACGAAUUUUUACUACGAUUAGGGACCCCGAUGUUACUCGGAGGGCUGCUGCGCUACUUCCGGAAGAACACAACCGAGACAUACGAAACAGCACUUCUGUACGCCGGUGGGAUUUGCCUGGCGACCGCGAUGAAUGUGAUUUUCUUGAACCAAUCGAUCUUCGGAGCGUUCCAUGUCGGUGCGAAAAUCCGUGUUGCGGCCUGUUCCGUUGUUUACAGGAAGGCGUUACGUCUCAGUAAAACGGCGUUGGGCGAAACAGCACCGGGUAAAAUAGUGAAUUUGGUGGCCAACGAUGUGAACAGAUUCGAUCUGGUCUCGAUUUUUAUUCACCACAUGUGGUCCGCCCCGUUAUCUGGACUGAUCAUCGCCUAUUUCUUGUACACUGAGGCUGGAUACGCUGGCCUGAUCGGCAUCGCCGCGGUGUUCAUUGUUGUGCCGAUUCAAUCUUACACAGGAAAGCUGUCAUCCAAGUUCCGAAUGCAAACCGCGAUGAAAACCGACGAAAGGGUGCGUCUGAUGGACGAGAUAAUAUCAGGUGUGCAGGUGAUAAAGAUGUAUGCCUGGGAGAAACCGUUUUGUGCUCUUAUCGAAACUGCCAGAAAAUUGGAACUGCAAGUGGUCACCAAGAGCUCGUACAUCAGGGGCAUCUACAUGACCUUCAAUUUGUUCACCACAAGAAUGGCACUUUAUAGCACUCUGAUCAGCAUGCUGUUGUUCGGGAACGAAUUAACAGCGGACAAAGUGUUCGUUUUCUCGUCCUAUUUCAACAUAUUGGCGCACACAAUGUCGGGAAUGUUUGUACGCGGGUUCGCUGAAAUAGCCGAAUGUCUGGUCGCCGUGAGAAGGCUGCAGCAUUUCCUGUUGUACGAGGAGUUUCAGGAGAAAGGAGUCAGCUUGAGCAAGUUCGCUGCCAGUCUUAACGGUAGUAUCAACAGUGACACAAAGCAGACGUCCGAUAAACCGUCGAGACAUGAUUUACCGUACAUCGACGACGAAGUGGACGGCUAUGAGAAUCUGGACGAGUCGUCGGAGAGAAGACGACAUAACGGUUUAGUGGUGGUCGCUAGCGACUUGUUGAAGAACACUGCGAAUCUGGUGGGAGAGGAAAAACGGUCCUCCCUAAUGAACGAAGAAAUAUGCGCAGUUAGGAUGGACAACGUGACAGCUAAAUGGGAACUGGGUCACUCGGAGAACACUUUGGAAGGUGUGAAUUUAGAGAUAGAAAAAGGAAAGAUGUACGCUGUGAUCGGCAUGGUCGGGGCUGGCAAGAGUUCCUUCCUGUCCGCGAUUCUUGGAGAAAUAGAUGUUACAGAGGGUCAGGUGAAAGUCAAUGGAACUGUCAGCUAUGCGGGACAAGAGGCUUGGGUGUUUGGGUCCACCGUUAGACAGAACAUACUGUUCGGCCAGUCGUAUGAUCGUCAUCGUUACCAAAAGGUUAUUAAAGCGUGCUCCCUUACGCGAGAUUUCAAACAAUUUCCCCAGGGCGAUCAGACGACUGUCGGGGAAAGAGGUAGUUCUUUGUCAGGUGGACAGAAGGCUAGGAUCAAUUUGGCCAGGUCCCUGUACAGGCAGGCGGACAUUUAUUUACUGGACGAUCCUCUAAGCGCAGUGGACACGCACGUUAGUAAACAUUUGUUCGAAGAAUGUAUGCAACGAUACUUGGCAGGGAAGACCAGGAUUUUGGCGACCCAUCAGUUGCAAUACGUGAAAACCGUCGACGCGAUCAUACUUAUCGAGCAAGGAAAGGUCACCGUAUUCACGACUUAUCAAGAUCUGUUGAACAGACGACCCGAUUAUGCUCAACUUCUUGCAGCGGAGACUGAAGGAAACGACGACUCGUCGUUAGAGAAGAGCGUGAUGCGAAGACAGUUUUCGUCGUCGAGUACCAGGAGCCGAACACCGGAAGCCAGUACUGCUGGUACAGAUGAUGAGGAUGAGGACGAGGAUCCCGAAAAAUUAAACGACGGCUUCGAAGGAACAUCCCGUGGAACGGUCAAGGGGCCGAUCUUCCUAAAGUACUUCCAAACUGGCGCUAACUUAUGUCUUGCGACAACAGUACUUUUACUCUUUCUCUGUACACAAUUCACCGUUAGUCUUAACGAUUAUUUCAUUCCUAUUUUAGUAAACGAAGAAGAGUCGCGGCACUAUAAUUUACUUCAGAGCAGCUUGAAUGCUACCAACGAAACAUCAAUCGAUACUUCUGACUUGUCGUCGACGUACAGUUAUUUGUAUAUUUACACGGCUAUAAUAGUCGGCAUAUUCACCAUUGGAAUCACUAGAUCCUUAAUAUUUUACAAAGUAUGCAUAUUGUGCAGUCAAAAGUUACACGACAUGGCCUUCAGCGCCUUGAUCCGAACUGGUAUGCGAUUUUUCGAUACGAAUCCCAGUGGUAGGAUCCUCAACAGAUUCUCCAAAGACAUGGGAGCGAUAGAUGAACUGCUACCGAAAGCAAUACUCGACGCUGGCCAGAUAUGCAUGAUGAUGGUUGGAUCGUUGGUCGUAUCUUGCAGCGUCAAUCCACUUUUCCUGAUCCCUAUAUUAUUUCUGGGCUUUGUCUUUUACUGGAUACGAAAAGUUUUUCUGAAGACUAGCAAGAAUAUCAAGAGAAUGGAAGGAGUUACUCGAUCACCUGUAUUCACUCAUUUGAAUGCUACGCUCAAUGGUUUGAGUACCAUCAGAGCUUAUUGCGCGCAGGAUAUACUGAAGAAAGAGUUUGACAAACUGCAGGACGUUCAUACUUCAACUGUCUACAUGUACAUAGUAGCAAGCACUGCCUUUGGAUUUUCUCUGGACGUCUUUUGCCUUGUGUUCAUUUCAUUGGUCACCUUCAGUUUCCUUCUAUUGGAACAGGCAUUCUCUGGAGGAGAAGUGGGUUUAGCUAUUACCCAAGUGAUGGCUAUGACUGGAAUGAUUCAAUGGGGUAUGCGACAAAAUGCUGAGGUAGCUAAUCAGAUGAUGGCUGUGGAACGUGUGCUCGAAUACACGCAAAUAACACCCGAACCAAAUCUUCGCGAUAAAGGAAAAUUCGUGAAAAAGAACGAGAGAGCUAUUGCACUUCCAGCUAAUGCCCCGAAGAACUGGCCCGUAUCGGGGACGAUAAAGUUUAAUAACGUAUAUAUGCGAUACGCCGAAGAAGAACCUCCAGUGUUGAAAGGGCUGAAUAUCGUCAUUCAUGCGGGCGAGAAAAUAGGUAUUGUGGGUAGAACUGGUGCUGGAAAAUCCUCUUUGAUAUCCGCGUUAUUCAGACUAGCCAAAGUCGAAGGAAUGAUUGAAAUCGAUGGUGUAGACGCUGCUUCUAUUUGCCUGGAAGAUCUACGAUGCAAUAUAUCGAUAAUCCCUCAAGACCCAGUCUUAUUCUCUGGUACACUGAGACGCAACUUAGAUCCCUUUAACGAAUUCUCGGAUAAAGCACUAUGGGAAGCGCUCGAAGAGGUCGAGUUGAAAGAUGCCGUUGUCACGGCUGGCACUGGAUUGGAAAGUCGAGUGUUGGAUAGAGGCAGUAACUACAGCGUAGGGCAAAGACAGUUGGUCUGUUUAGCAAGAGCAAUCUUAAGGAACAAUCGGAUACUCAUGCUUGACGAGGCAACUGCGAAUGUGGAUCCACACACUGACGCGUUGAUUCAACGUACGAUAAGGAAAAAAUUCGCCAGGUGCACUGUACUUACCAUUGCCCAUCGGUUGAUCACCAUUAUGGACAGUGAUAAAGUUUUAGUCAUGGAUAAAGGUCGUAUGGCGGAAUACGAACAUCCACAUAUACUGCUCCAAAAUGGCUACAGUCACUUUACGUCGUUGGUGAAGGAGACCGAUAGAGCAAUGUACGAUCAAUUAGUAAAGAUAGCAAAACAGUCUUACAUUGCCAAACACGGGGAACGAUGAUUAAUUGAAUUAGGUCGGUCAGACUUUUCUACAACCAAGUUGAUUCUACAUGGUUAA